AUGGGGUCACCUCGGUGGAGCGGUCUGUUGCGAUGCAGAUGUGUCGUAAUACCGCCUUCACCUGGCAGGGCAAACUGUGCCUCCCCUCCUGGGCCUGGACUUGGUGCUCUCGCACCUCAGCCAUUUGGACCUUUGGGUCAACUGGGAAAAGAGCAAACUCUCCCCGACGCAGAGAAUCUCUUUUCUCGAUAUGGAGUUGGAUUUGGUCAAACAGACAGCACACCUCAUGGAGGAACGUACUCAGUCGGUUUCGAACUACUUGAAUAUGUUCAACAGCAGGAUGGCGGUCCCACUGAAACUGUUCCAGAGGCUCCUGAGGCAUAUGGCAACUGCAGCGGCAGUCACACCACUCGGGCUGCUUCAUAUGAGACCGCUCCAACACUGGCUCCUUGGUCGAGUCCCGAGGUGGGCAUGGUUGUGCGGCACUCACCGGGUCCGAGUAAUACUGGCCUGCCGCCAAACCUUCACCCCGUGGUCAGACCUUGCGUUUCUCCGGGCUGGAGUGCCCCUGGAACAGCAGUCAGACGUGGCGGAGUGUCCGGCGCCAGGCCCUCACUCAAUGAAUCAGUGAGAACCACUAGAGGGCCUCAUCCACCACCAGUGUGCAGCAUCCACCUGGAUGAUCCAGUAUUUGCUGUAGCUGGGGAAGAUGUGAUUCUGCCCUGUUCAGUCAAACCCAACAUCAGUGUUGUGGACAUGAGAGUGGAGUGGUUUAGACCUGGUCUGAAAGACUCACAGCUAGUGCAUCUCUAUGAUGAUCAUGAAGACAGAAACACAGAGCAGAUUGAGUCCUACAGAGGGAGAACAGAACUGAUCCAUCAAGAACUACAGACAGGAAAUGCAUCACUCAAACUCUUAACAGUCCAAGUCUCUGAUGAAGGACGUUAUAAGUGUUUUAUUCAGUCCAAAUCAUGGUAUGAUGAUGCCAUAAUUAAUGUUAAAGUUGAGGUUGAUGGACGUCCUCCAGUGAUCACUGUAGAUGGGUUUGAUCAUUCAGGAGGGCUUCGUCUACAGUGUGAAUCUGAAGGUUGGUAUCCUGAACCUGUUCUUGAGUGGCUGAACAGUGAAGAAGUCAGUUUGAGUUCAGAAACUACUGAAGGAGUGGCAGAUGGAUUCAGUGUGAAACACACCAUCACUGUACAUCACAGAGACGACAAGAUUCACUGCAAAGUCAAAUUGAGACAUCACGUGCUGGAAACACAGAUUAUCACUACAAUGAAUGUGAUUCUGGAUGCUGAUACGGCUCAUCUACAUCUCAUCGUGUCUCGUGAUGGGAAACAAGUGAAAUCUGGAAACAGGCAAACGAAAGGAGUGGAUGGAAGAAAAGACAGAUUUAAUGAUUAUCUUGGUGUUCUUGGGAAGAAUGGAUUCUCCUCAAGGUGUUUCUACUUUGAGGUGCAGGUGAAGGGACAAACUGAGUGGUAUUUAGGAGUGACCAGAGAAUCUGUUAACAGGAAGGGCUUGAUCCGUCUGAGUCCUAUGAAUGGAUACUGGACUGUGUGUCUGAGAGAUGGGGGCUACUGGGCUUAUGAGUUGUCACAUGUCUCUCUUUCUCUGAGUGUGGAUCCUCAGAGGGUCGGUGUGUUUGUGGAUUAUGAGACGGGUCUCGUCUCCUUCUAUGAUGUGCAACUGGCAUGUUCAGCGACGCUGUCUAGGACUGUGCCCAGCAGUCCUCCGCAGCACAGAAGCAGACCGAGACCAUCCAGCACAUCCUGCCCCGACGUGGUUCUCCACCUGCCACCAUUCCGUCGCAGGCAGUGCCCCAGUCUGCUCGUUGCCGUGGGCGCCCUCCUGCAUCCUCCAGAAGGAUAUGGCUCAUGGGUUGACAGCGAGCGACGCAUGGCCUCCUCACUCUCGCCCACGACGCCCCCUAUCGCCAGUGGCCAAGAGAAUGCUUCUCUGGCCGGUCCCUCUGGGGACACGGGGAGUCCUCCCAGAUCUCUCAUAUCAUCUUAUUUAUUGACAUUCUUGAGAACAGCCAAUACUGAGUUAAAGCAUCAAUCUCCUUCAAAGAUGAAGUUCAUUUGUUUGACUCUCCUGAUUAUUAGUGGAAUUACUGAUUCAAGAUCAGAACAGUAUGAAGUCGUAGGAGCUGCAGAUCCUGUAUUUGUUGUAGCUGGUGAAGAUGUGAUUCUGCCCUGUUCAGUCAAACCCAACAUCAGUGUUGUGGACAUGAGAGUCGAGUGGUUUAGACCUGAUCUGAAAAACUCACUAGUGCAUCUCUAUGAGGAUCAUGAAGACAGAAAUGCAGAGUCCUACGGAGAGAGAACAGAACUGAAUCAUCAAGAACUACAGAGAGGAGAUGCAUCACUCAAACUGUCAUCAGUCCGAGUCUCAGAUGAAGGACGUUACAAGUGUUUUAUUCAGUCCAAAUCCUGGUAUGAUGAUGCUACUGUUGAUGUCAGUGUUGAAGCUGUAGGACGUCCUCCAGUGAUCACUGUAGAUGGGUUUGAUGAUUCAGGAGGGCUUCAUCUACAGUGUGAAUCUGAAGGUUGGUAUCCUGAACCUGUUCUUGAGUGGCUGAACAGUGAAGGAGUCCGUUUCACACACAGAAACACAGAUGGAUUCAGUGUGAAACACUCCAUCACUUUAACUCGUGUCGGCAAGAUUCACUGUAGAGUCAAACUGAGACAUCACGUGCUGGAGACACAGAUUAUAACCAAAACUUGACCAACUAAAUAAUGAGGACAGGAUAAUAGAACAAGAACAUGAUCAACUACAGAAGGAGAAGAGCAGAAUACAACAAGAAUGUGAUAAUCUACGAAAUGUGAUGAGCAGAAUACAACAAGAAAACGAUGAAUGCAACAGGAGAAUAAAGCAAGUUCUGGAACAACUAGAGAAUGAGAAGAGCAGAAUAAAACCAGAAAAUUAUCAACCACAGAAUGAGAUGAGAAUGUUCUGCUAAAUGUGAUCAACUUUUACAGAAUGAGAACAGGAGAAUAAAACAAGAAGAUGAUCAACAUUUACAGAAUGAGAACAGGGAAAGAAGACAAGUGAACACACAAUCAAAAGAAGAUGGAAAUAAAAGAUGUCUUUUACAGUGAGGUGCAGGUGAAGGAGUGAACUGAGUGGUGUUUAGGCCAUCAACAUGAACGGUCCGAAUUCUAAAAAUAAAUACUGGACUGUGGGUCUGAGUAAUGUGGUGCAUUGGGCUUGUGAUUCUCCAUUUAUCUUCCUUUUUUCCUGUGUGUGUGGAGCCUCAGAGGGUGUUUGUGGAUUAUGAGGAGGGUUUGGCAUAUAUUUUUUUAACAUCCUGUAAAUAUCUCUGUCUAGAUCACUGUUACUUGAGUGCCACACUUUAUACCAGACAUCUUUCAUUUUAACACUUACUUUUACUACUCCAGAUGUAAUCCUCCAUGAAUAACAUCUUUAUUCGCAAUUCGUCCUUUUUGUAUUUUUUAUGUCUUAUUUAAUGCUUUAUUGUGCUUAAAGUGGCCAAUAAACUGCAUUCUUUUAUUAUUUUAUAAUGUUAUCUGAUGUUCACUUAAAACGUUAGUGUGAAAAAAUAUAUAUAAUUUAGAAGUAGCAAGCUAUUUUCUGUCCUGAUUUUGAGCCUCUCUGAAGAACAAUCUGUUUUUAUAGGCGGGCACAUUCAAGA